AUGUGUCUGUGUGUGUGUGUGUGUGUGUGUGUGUGUACGUGUGUAUGUAUAUUCGAGUGUGCGUGUGCGCGCGCCAUACCUUAACUGCGCCCUCUACCGGUGCUGCACAGUCACAGCACUCAACUGAGCAGUAUCUCCCAGUCCGCUCACGUCUGCGGAUUGUCACAACUACCACACAGAACAUUGUCCCAAUUAAGAUUACUGUGCACGAGCGAACGUGUGCCUUCGUGUGCACGCGCAUGCAUGAAAACAUAAAUGGAGAGUGGUUAAGACGAGAUGAUGAACUAGGGAAAUCAGCCCACCGUUUUACAGUGCAUAAUUACGCCGGUCUCUGAAACCCACGGCAGCCUAUAGUCCAUUCUCACCAGUGAAUUAUAGUCAAGCGGGCACGUGCACGGGUACUGAAUGAAUCUGAAUCUAAAUUCAUGAAGCUGUUUAAAUUGUACGCUAUUUGCCGUUUUUCAUUGGCCCAUUACAGUGUGAAAGGAGUGGAUGUGCGCGCUUACGCAACGGCGAGCCUCGCUCGGAAGCAAGGACGAAAUUAAAGCAAGCAUUUUUGUAUUCCAUUUUUGUCUAAUCCCACUGAUUUCUGAAGGGAUUAGCGGACCAAUCAUGACUGAGAGAAUGCUGGUUCGCUGGACGCAGCCUGGACCAGGAGCUGUGCAGACAGUGAGUGGAAGCAUCGCAUUAGGAUCUGGAGACACGCUGAGAUUUCUUAUUUUGGUUUCUUUCUUUUUUUUUUAUUCCUGUUGGGAAAGUUGCUCUGCGUUUCCGCUUGUGUUGUUAACGCGAAGGGAUCCAAGGAUGUGCACUGCAAACUCUGCAAGGCUGCUGCAGGUUUUGGGAUGGAUGGUAAUUUAGAUUUUUUUUUUGGCGUUGCAAUUUAUGUUCACUUUAGUUUGCUGAUCAGCGCUCGAAUUGUGUUUUGAAGGACUUCCCGACACAUUCAGAUUAUUUCUUGGCCUUUAUUUGCAUGGUCAAUCGAUGGAGGAAGAGAAGGUGGGGGAUCAUAUUCAAGCAAAAUCCAGUUCACCUUUACCCACUGGACUUCCAAUUAACUGGGGGCUCAUCACUGGUCCCGUCCCCCAGCCCGCAUUCCCAGCUACCUCCUUAAGCACCCGGCUUCCUUCUCCUCAGAGAUCAGCAGUGCAUGCGCUACAGACCAAAGUGAAGUCGCUCACGCAGAGAAGGACAAGAGGCCGAGACAGAGAGAAGGAAAGAGAAAAGUUAGACGCAGAGAGUCCAGCUGGGAGGAUUUCAUCUGAGGUCCUGCUGAGACAGCGGCCCAGGGAAAAAGGCCACCUACCGCUGCCUGCUCUGUCCUGGCGAUCCAGCGCUGCAAAGACCCUGAGCAGCAGCGAUGAAGAUGAGGAGGUAGAAGUACAAGUCAGGUUGGAAAUUCACAACCCCCCAGUUGAAGCACAAGAGGAACACGUGGUUAAAGAUGGAAAGAAACUCGAUAAAGAUGAUACAGAUGAGGGCCAGGUGGGAUUUAUUGGUGGGUCUUGUGGGCUCAAGGAAGGCACCAGUUUGGAGAGUCUUCUGUCAGAUAACUCAAGCAGUAGUAAGGAUGAGCAAUCUCCUCCACCACCACCACCACCACCAGCUGUUCCAGCCAGUACCUCUAUGACUACGUGUUCUUCUACCUCCACAUCCGCCACAUCAGCCAGACACUGGGCACCACCCAAAGGCUUCUGGAGAGUAGCACGCCCAGAAACACUGCUUCUGAACGGCGUUGGGCCUCACAGCGUUUCCUCCACGUCACCUUUGAAGGACUCUACCCAGACAGAAACCACGACCGAUCCUCAGACGAAGCCGAAACCCACUGAAGCGAACACCAAGAGCGAUGCGGGAGGUGUGGCGGGUGAAUUCAGGCACUCAGACAGCGUAGAGUGCUACUUGGACCGGUGUGAGGCCGAGGAGGCAGCUGCCGGUGACCCUGCCAAAGGCCUGUGCGGCUCAAACAGUUGGGAGAGCCUGUCCUCACAAAGCGGGGCCCUUCCAGCCGAUGAGAAGCUGAAGGCGAAGCAGAGAGCGUAUGCAAAGUUAAGGGGGAGGCAAAAGAACUGCAGGGAGGCCAGAGAGCAGGAUGGAAGAGAAAAAGUCCAGUUGUAUCAGGACACGGAGGUUAAGGCGGACGACCAAGCUGCAGGUGCCCAGGACGUGUUGGACGACUCAGACAUAUUUACUCAGGACCUGGAACCCUAUCUGAGGACACUCAUUGUACUCAGCGAUGAGCUUCCUCUGAGCCCAAGACAUGAGCAGGCAAAGCGCCUCCUGGAGCGAGCACGCCUCAAAGCCCGCUCAAGUCACAUUAGGGGCGAGCGUCCCGGCAGACGCUCCCAUUCCGACCAGAGGGCCACAGUGAAGAAACCGCAAACCGACCCUUGCAGUCCGACGCCAGUGCAGAAAGUGCUUCAAGCCAAAGAGGAUCCUCCAGUGUCAGCUCCAUCAGGUCCGCUGCUCGUGCCCGGUCACAGAGACACCUCCCCUGGCGACCAAGGAGGUCGAUCCAGACGGUACGGUUGUUCACCCACGCGGGUGCGCUUCGAGGAUGAAUCAGAGAAGGAAGCAGAGUCUCGGUACUUGGAUAGAGUCAGACAGCGUGGCCGGCCUGGGGUCCCUAAAUCCAAGAGUAAAGAAAACAAUACAGAUUCCAGCAGCAGCGGUUCAGAAAGAAGCAGGAGCCAUAGAACUGUGUCUGUGCCUCACUCUCAGAGGCAAGACGAUGUGGGAGUCAGUGGGGAACCCAGAACUGUGAUUAAAGAGAUAAUCGUGCUAGUGAAGAAGUGUGAAGCAUGUGGGUCCGUAGUUAGAGAACCUCAAUCAGAACUAGUGCCAUCAGACGCACUAAAGAAUGAGCCACAGCAGCCGGGCAACGCCGAGGACUCGCGGGGAAAACCGGUUCCUCGCUGGGUACCUCCGAACAAGCCGGAGGCGAGCGCUCGUCCCAAAGCCGCUCUCACCGUCACGUUUGCUGGAGCUUAUGUGCUGGGGGAGAGCAAAGAGAGCAGCACAGGGUGGAAGGCGUCGGGGUUUGGCAAACUCAGGAGGAGGAGCAGGAAAGGGGAGAGCCGAAUGGAGUCCGGCCACGGCCCUUAUGGACCAUCAUGGGCUCAGCGGCGCAACUCCAACCCCAGGAACAGGGUCAACGUGACCAGAGCGGUAUCGUUCGCCCCCGGCAGUCCCAUUGCUCUUGAGCCACGUCUGCUGGAGGCGUCCGGGGGAAUAAGGGAGUCACCAACCCCGGCGCUGCCCAUAAAAUCGGCUCUGAAGUCGAGCUCAAGGAAUCGCUCGGCUACAGGCCAGUCCACAGCUCAGGCGGCUGAGGGUGGGUUAACCCUCCUGGACCCCACAGACACGAGAAGGGAGACACCGCUGUCUUUAAACCAGGGGACCCCUGCAUCAAACAGCCCGGUGCCCUGUAUCAGACCCUACACCCUGAGGUACUCCCCAGCCCGGAUUCCUACGGACCUGCCAGCUGUUGAGCUGUGGGACGCUACUCCAGAAGAAACAGGUGUGAGUGGAGAGGCUGGUUCCAGUCCAGAGUGCCGUCCUGCUCUGCGGGGCCUGGCUGUGUCUCGGGCCGAGGAUCUCAGAGCCGAGCUGUUAAGAUCGGAACAUUUGAAAGCUGAGUCGCUGUGGGAGGAGAACUGUGACGGGUCCAGAAAGCUGGAUGGGAGGCCGAAGCUCUUCCUGCGUCGCUUCUUCUCCUCGAUCGGCCUGAACAGCGUGGGGCGACUGGUGAAAGGAGCUCGCUCCAGCAGCAUGGAGCAGCUGAGCAUCCCCGCGCCCCCCCGGGCAAGUUCUGCCUCCCCAAGCCCCACGCGCAGACCCCACCCUGCCGCGGGCAUACAGAGGACGCCCUCGCUGCAGACGCUGCACACGGUGCUGCCACUGGCUCAACUGCGCAAAGCCUCCUCCGUGCAGAGCUUAGAGAGGAGAACGGAGCGCUCAACAAUUUUAGGAGAGCUGCCGAUACCAUACGGCCUGGCAGCCAGGCCUGACAGCCUCCAGCUGGAGCUCCACAGGGCCCUCAGUGCCGAUGUGCUCCCCUCCCGGGGCACGCGUCCCGUGGGCCGUGUCACUCAGGCUUUUUCUGAUGGGACCCUCCUCCUGGAGUUAAUCAAACCUCCAAACGGUCCCUUCGGUUUUGUGAUCUCAAGGGGCAAAGGUCGACCGGACACAGGGGUAUAUGUAGAGAAAGUGGGCGAUGGUGGCGAAGGCCCCUACGUAGGUCUCCUCAGCGUCGGGGAUGAAAUUUUACAGGUGAAUGGCGAGGCGGUGGCCGGGCUGAGUCUGGACCAUGUGACACGGCUCAUGACCAGGGAAAACACGACUUCCCUUCGGAUAAUGCCAGGCCGACGGAGCCAGCGCUGAUGUGAACUACUGUACAUUCAGCGGGCUAUGAACUGUAAACUAUAUGUGAUAAUAUAUGAAUAUUUCAAUGCAGUUUGCUAGCGUGAUAUAGCUACAAAGAGGUUAGAUGCUUCCUUACCUAAGCCUAUGAUACUUCAGGGGACAAUGAGAAAUCAAAAAUCUAAUUUUACACUACAACCAAAACAAAUUAAUUUAGUACAUUUCUAGGAGCUCUGUGCGAUUUUUACCACUGCUGUUUCUGUACCUAAUAUUUCAUGAGACUGAUACUAGUUUGCUUCAGAAUAAAUUAUAUUUUGUCAAACA